AUGCUGUCACCUGACUCUUCUGUAUCAAAAUUCAGAGUUAAAAAGUUCCCAGUUGCAGAGGGAAACGGAAACCAUUUCAGUCACCAUCUGGUCGAACAAAUAGCCCAUGAGCCAGUCGCGAAAGUGACUAGCUGUUUAAGAUGUCGCAAAUUAAAGAAAAAAUGCAAUAAAGCCAAGCCAGAGUGCUCCAACUGUGAUAAAGCAGGGGAAGAAUGCCACUACGUCCCAAGAAAACAAAGAGUAACCAAGAAGGAUAAAUUGAAUAUUGAGCUGAAUGGAACGGAAAGCACCCCACGCGAGACCAUCCAGAGCUCGACAAGUCCAAGCAUGCCACAUCAUGGUAUAGAACAUUUGAGUCCAGCGAUACUGGAUUCACUGUCGUAUCUGAGUAAUCAGCCGGAGCAAAUACACUCACAUUCAGCGAGAUUAUUCCAUCCACAACUCCACACGAACUUCAACAUGCCUUAUACAGGUAUCGAACACAACCAGUCUGAUUUGAGAUCCAUCACGCCAACAACUGUAUCCCAGCAACAACAACCUCAUCACCAGAAGGCACAAAUCGAAAUACCAAUGCAGGUUCCUAACAACAAUGAUGACGCACAAGAGUUCCCAACAAUGUCAACACCGCCUCCUACGUUGAAUGCAAUCGAUGCUCGAGCCCCGAGCUUUGAUGCGUACCCUAAACAAAUUUCCAAAGUCUUGUAUGGUGCUGUUGGGAUAAAAACAAACUCCAAUGUCAGUAUAAUACCACCCAUAAUUGACAAAGUAUUGUUGACACGAAUCAUGAAUGCAUUUUUCAUGCAUACAUAUAGAAUAUGUCCAGUCAUAAACAAAGCUGAAUUCCUCACCAAAUUCAACCAAAUGUUCAAAGACGAUAGUGACUGCGUAUCAUUGGAAGAAUUUCAAGAUCAAUAUGAAUUGUAUAUGGUAUUGGCCAUUGGUGGCACUCAUUUGGAAAGAUCGGGCAUCAUUGGUCGUGAGAAACGCAUUUCUGAGUACUUUGUCUCCAUGGCAUUGUCGAGCGUGCACAACAAUAUCUCCAAGAACGACAUUGUCAGUAUGAAGAAUUUGAUGUUGCUAGCAUUGUACUCUUUCUUCAAUCCAGCAGAAUUUAUUGUGUGGGAAAUUGCUGGGAAGUUGGCAAGAAUGGCCAUCCACUUAGGUUUGAAUCAAGCAGUGUCUAAACAAGAGUCAGAGCGCUUGAGUGUGCGACAAAUCGAAAUGAGAACAAGGCUCUUGUGGUCGGUUUAUACUAUUGAUCGAUUGACUUCGGUAACCUUGGGCAGACCAGUGGCACUUCACGACGAUGAUAUCAAUGUUCCAUUACCACAGAUCCUAGAUGACGAGGAAUUGGAUGAUAUAACCACGUAUCGAUUAGUUAUCCAUUUGAGACAAAUUGAAGGGCAAAUAUUACGAAGAGUCCAUUCUGUCAAUGUGCAAAAGCAAUUUCAUAAUAAAGGUAAGUCAGAAGAGGAAUUGCGCGAACAAGUAUUGCAUGAACUACGCACUGAAAUUGAAGAGUGGCACAGCAAGGCAAAUGAGUUGGAACAUACUACUACUAGGCCCAAGCAGUCGCUAGCGUUUAGGGCGCUGAUACCAUGGUUCACAGCUAGGUACAAUCACUUGCUCAUUCUUCUUUACCGUCCUUCAUACUUGAAUCCUCAACCACUGCAAGAUAAACUUGAUACUUUAGGCAAGGCAUGCUUGCAAACGUUGUCUUCGACCUACAAAUUGUUCAAGUCGAAAUCGCUUCCGUUAAAUUGGACCACAUUGUAUCGGUUUCUUAUGGUUUGUACUACAAUCUUGUAUUGUCUAUGUAAAUGGGCUAUUGACUUGAUGGAAUCAAAAACGGAGAUAUGCUACUGCAUUGAAAUUUUUCAAGCAUUUGGAAGCGACUGGGUUGUGGCCAAGAAGUGUGCUGAGGUUUUCAAAAAGAUCGAAAACAAGUUGUUGGAGAUUACAUUGACAGAUGGUCACACAAGUGACAUGGACAACUUGUCAAAAGAGCUUCUUGGUGCAUCGAGCUCUUAUCAUGAGAUAUUGAACGUCCACUCCGUGGAUCUCUGUAUUGAUAGUCAGUACAUGUAUGGGUUUGAGAGUUGA